AUGGCGGAUGGCGACCAUGCCGGACUAGCAGCGUUGAAGGACGCAAGUGCUUGGAUUGGCAUAGUCCGCAAUGGUACCGAGUAUCGUGUGGUUGUUACCCAUGGUCUUGCCAUGGGAACGUACGGAGGAACGACAAGCACACGCACAACUGUAGCAACAACUCCGAUUAUCCGAACAAAGGUGUGGCUCUUAGAUGGGAGCACAUUCAUGGAGCUGGGAGACGCCUAUACUCUUACCACCGACUAUCUUUUCUUUAUGGGAUACCGUUAUGGAAUCUUUAACUACGCGACCCAGGCUCUGGGUGGCUCUGUUGAUGUGCUUAGUUUUGCAAGUGAGUCUAGCUAG